AUGGAUAAGUUGAGUGAGAACAAUGCAACAGUGGUGAACAGCUCCAUAGACAAGUGGUCAUUCAAUGAACAUGGCUAUUACCAGCACCUGGAUCACGGGGAGCUGAGGGUCCUGGUGCCGGUUAUUCUUGGAGUCAUCUGUGUCUUGGGUGUGGCUUGUAAUCUCACUGCAAUGUUCAUCUUGUUCUCCAACGCUCAUAGAGGCAAACUAUCUCUUAUCAACUCCCUCAUCUUCAACCUGAUGUUUGCUGAUGGACUGGUAUUGAUGUUUACGGUGCCUUUCAGGGCUGCCUCCUUCUCCAAAGCUAGCUGGAAUCUGGGCUGGGUGGUCUGCAAGACAGCUGACUGGUUCCUCCAAUCCUGCAUGGCAGCAAAGAGCUUCACAGUGGCUGUCAUGGCCAAAGCGUGCUACCGCUACGUGUCCAACCCCACCAAGCAGGUGAGCAUCCACCUGGGCUCUAUCCUUGUGGUGUUCUUCCUUAUCUGGCUGUCUGCUUGCUCUGUCACCAUCCCUCACUGGCUGUUUGCUAGGCUGCAGAGAGAGAUCCAGGGGCUGGUGUGUGUGCUGAUAGUUCCUCCUGAAGCCAGUAAUUUCAUGUCUGUGUACGUCAAAGCAUACCCCUUGGGGGUCUACUGUGCACCUCUCAGCUUUGCCCUGAUGUAUUUCUGGAAGGCUUACGGCCAGUGCCAACGCCGCUCCAGUAAGACUCAGAACCUCCGCACACAGAUCAGAUCAAGGAAGCUCACCUUAAUGUUAUUCAGCCUGACUGUGGCCAUGGCUAUUCUCUGGCUUCCACAGUGGGUUGUGUGGGUUUGGGAGCGUCACAUAGCAGAGAAGGAAAUAGAGGGAGCCAAGCCCCUUGUCUCCCCUCUUCCUCUUCUUCUAACCCUCUCUGCACAGUUGCUCACCUUCUCUCUGUCCCUGGUAAACCCUCUCAUCGUCCUCUCCCUCUCCGAGGAGUUCAGAGAGGGCUACAGGGGGCUGUGGAGGCGUCUCACCCUGCGCAAACAACCUCCUCCAAAGCCAAAACCCGGACCUCACAACCCUACAGCUCACCAGUCGCCUUGCCCCAGACCAGAAACUUCUGGCCAGCUGCAGGGGGAGAAGAGCCUUCGAUCAAGCUCCAGCCAGGGUCCCAGCAGAGAGGCUCAGCCCCAGCCGGAGCAGGGAGGAGGAGGAAGAGAGGUCGACACUGCGAGCCUCAAAGAUGGGAUUGUCUUGCCUGAUGUGGAGCAGUUCUGGAAUGAGAGGGAGACUGGAUUGCACACAGACGAAAAUGAUCCUGUGCCGUGGGAGCACCAGAGCCAAGAGGAGAAAAUAUAA